AUGCAGUCCCCACUGGUUAUGUUGGCAGUUUUUAUGCUGACUUUGUGCGUCAUCAGCUCAAAUGCCUCCACACCUGAUGACGUAUCCCAGGAUGUGGAUGCAACAACACUUGGAGACGAUGGUGGUAAACAAGGUGCUGGCUCCUUCAACAUACUCGAAUUCUUCGAACAAAUCAAAACUAAAACGGAUAUCGCGAAAAUAUUUGGCUCGAUUUUUGUGAAGACCAAAGAAUGA